CACUUUUCAUUUUCAAAAUUACACUCAAGCCGUAACCAUGGGAGCAUCGUCAUCUUGUGAAGCCGAGGAGCAACAGCGUCGUGAGGCAGAAAACCGUAAUCGAAGCCGCACAAACAACUCCGCUCAACGUGGCACGUGGAUUUACGUAGAACAAAGAUCUGCAAAUGGCAAAAGUGCACCACCCCCACCGGUUAGAAAUCCGCAAAAUUCUAACACGAGCCGUGGCAAUCGGCCGGCAGAUCCGCAGCCGGAGUGUGUGGUUUGCGGGCACGUCGGACACAUUGCCGCGAAUUGUCACCAUCGAUACAAUAAGUGCUUCAUUUGUCGUCAGGAUGGCCAUAUUGCCUCCGUUUGCAAAGCCAAAAAGCAUCAUCCGGACAGCCCCUACAAACAGCAACAGCCCAAGCCUAAAAAUAAACCGGCCAACAAAGGACCACCGGAUGUAACGAGAACGUCGCGUUAAAAGUAUCACCCAUCUUGCUACCGGAACCGGAAUUCCACCAUCGGAUAAUCGGAUGUCGAUAGGGCAUGCAUUCAUCCGUGUCGUCGAGCGUUGAAAUCAUCCCUGCAGCAUCUCUACCGAUCAGCACCCACCGUAAUUUGCGUCGUCACUUUGUUGAAGCCGCAGAUAUUUUACCCUUCCGCCGACCAUGCUAUCAGCGUUUCCACGAACCGGACAAAACUGAUCCACUUUUUUCUAACGAGAAUGUUUCUGUGCUCGUGCGUUUCGUGGCGAAUCGUCGCCCAUUAGUAGGUUAGGAUCAAUAAAAAUGUCCUUUUCGUGUGGAA